CCUCUAAUUUGCCUGUACUCAUAUAUUCCUCAAAACAGAGAUUCUUUUGUCACCCGCAAUCUUGAGUUGCGCGAAUCAUGAAUCCGGAUGACGUCGACAUUUAUGGGGAGGACGACGGCUUCAACGCGUCUCGUUCAGAGGUCAAGGAAGAGGAUGAGCCGGUAGUGCAACUCGACGACGAGUCUCAGGAACAACCACAUGAACCUGUUGUAGGAGAGAAAAGGCGCCGAGAAGACGACGCUGACGAACAGAAAUAUAACCCCUCUGAGCCCAACCAACAACAACCUCAGUCUCAUUCAGGAACGCCCAUGAACGGAGGCGCCGGCAACAACAUGAACGGCAACUACAAUAGUGGUAUGAAUGGGCAGGGUAUGGGAGGACCAGGCUACGACGCUCUCAUUGUCGGCGAUCUGAAUUGGUGGACAACUGAUGAAGAUUUGCGACAAGUUGCAUUGAACUGCGGUGUCAAUAUCGACCAUAAGCAUAUCACGUUCUCCGAGCAUAAGGUCAACGGAAAGAGCAAAGGCAUCGCAUAUAUUGAAUGUGGAAGCUGGGAAAGCGCGAAUACUCUGAAAGAGUGGUUCGAAAAUAACGAGUUCCAGAAUCGACGUGCUUCCGUGACCAUGGCGAGUAGUGCUCAAGGUAAUCCUUUCCGAACUCUCCCCAAAGAGCCCCCUCCAAAAGACCACCGCCAACAAGGUCAACCCAUACCGACGGGCGGUGGUGGACCUGGCCGCGGAGGCGGCAGGGGUGGCUUCCAGCAGCACAACAAUAUGCAAAACCCAAUGGGGAUGAACAUGAUGGGCAUGCCCAUGCGCGGGGGCAUGAUGGGCGGGGGCAUGAUGAGAGGCGGGAUGCCCGGAAUGAUGGGCGGGAUGCCUGGCAUGAUGGGCGGAAUGGGCCCGAUGGGCAUGGGCGGCUUCGGCGGGCGUGGCAUGAUCCCGCAGGGCCCCCGAGGCGGCAUGGUUGGCGGGUUCGGAGGCCGCGGAGGCAUGAUGGGAGGCAUGGGUAUGGGAAUGAUGCCCAUGGGUGGGCGGGGCGGAUUUGGCGGUGUCCAAGGACACUUUAAUCCAGCCUUCAUGCAAAAUCAAGGUGGUGGGCAGUUUGCGGGGCCGGACGGACCCAGGAAGAGGUUCCGGAGUGACGACGGUACUCAGUAGUUCUUGAUUGAAGGUUGCGUGUGCAGUGCAGUCCCUUUAUCCUUAUUGCUUUUUGCGCUUCUGUUGCUCGGUUAACGUUAGCCUAAAGUUAGCCACCACUCCUAUCGUGCUGUGUACGCACUAUAUUGCCUUUCUUAUGAUGCAUCGACCCUUGUGCAGCGCCACUAUCGUCAGCUCUGGGAUGAAUCGCG